AAACCCAUUCAUUCACUCAUUCUUCAUCUGUCUCAUUUCAAAGCGGAAAAAGCUUCUUCCAAGUUCCUAAGUCUUCAACCACUUGAGAGAGAGACAUCCCCUCCGACAUUUUCUCUAUUCUUCAAGCAAACUCUUCGUUUCAGAUCUCUUUCUCUCUAGGGUUUCUCUCUCUGCUAUUUAUGAUCACUCUCUGACACGCUUCCCUCCCCAAAUCAGAUUGGAGCGGUUUUAUGGGAUCGGAGAUGGUUGUUUCGGGGCCAAUUACGCCGGGGCAGGUGUCUUUCUUGCUGGGAAUUAUUCCAGUUUUUGUUUCAUGGAUAUAUUCAGAGUACUUAGAGUACAAGAAAACCUCAUCUCCUCCCAAAGUUCAUUCAGAUACUAGUCUUGACGAGUUGGGGAAGGAUGCAAUCAAGGAAGAUGAUAGGGCCAUUUUGCUGGAAUCAGGACUUACCAGAUCAGCAUCGGCAAAAUUCCAUUCGUCAUCUGUCAAAUUGAAUUUGAUUCGGUUUUUGACCAUGGAUGACUCUUUCUUGCUGGAAAAUCGGGCAAUAUUGAGGGCAUUGUCUGAAUUUGGGCUGAUUCUGUUUUAUUUCUACAUAUGUGAUCGGACCAACAUACUUGGAGAUUCCACCAAGAAUUAUAGUCGGGAUCUUUUCCUCUUCCUCUUCCUUCUUCUGAUUAUAGUUUCAGCCAUGACUUCUUUGAAGAAACACAAUGACUCAUCAACAUUUUCUGGAAAAAGCAUACUUUACCUUAAUCGGCAUCAAACAGAGGAAUGGAAAGGAUGGAUGCAGGUCCUCUUUUUAAUGUAUCAUUAUUUUGCUGCAACGGAGAUAUACAAUGCAAUACGUGUUUUUAUUGCUGCAUAUGUUUGGAUGACUGGAUUUGGCAACUUUUCCUAUUAUUAUGUCAGAAAAGAUUUUAGCCUUGCACGUUUUGCUCAGAUGAUGUGGCGGCUUAAUUUUUUUGUGGCCUUUUGUUGUAUUGUGCUUAACAAUGACUAUAUGCUCUAUUAUAUAUGUCCAAUGCACACACUUUUCACUUUGAUGGUAUAUGGAGCAUUGGGUAUAUACAACAAGUAUAAUGAAAAUAGCUCUGUGAUAGCUGCAAAAAUUCUGGCUUGCUUUCUGGUGGUGAUCUUGAUUUGGGAAAUCCCUGGAUUCUUUGAUAUAUUUUGGAGCCCAUUUGCUUUCUUUUUGGGUUAUACCGACCCUGCAAAGCCUGAUCUCCCUCGAAUGCAUGAGUGGCAUUUCAGAUCUGGGCUUGAUCGCUACAUCUGGAUAAUUGGAAUGAUUUAUGCCUACUUUCAUCCAAAUGUUGAGAAAUGGAUGGAAAAAUUGGAAGAGUGUGAAACCAGGAGGAGAGUAACAAUCAAAACCAGCAUUGUUUCAAUUUCCGUAUUUGUUGGUUACUUGUGGUAUGAAUACAUAUACAAGCUGGACAAGGUCUCAUACAACAAACUCCACCCCUACACCUCGUGGAUUCCAAUUACUGUAUACAUUUGCUUGAGGAAUUGCAGUCAGCGGCUUCGAAAUUACUCUUUGACCCUCUUUGCGUGGCUUGGCAAGAUUACUUUGGAGACGUACAUUUCACAGUUUCAUAUUUGGUUAAGGUCUAACAUGCCAAAUGGACAGCCCAAGUGGCUUCUUUCUCUUAUCCCAGAGUUUCCUAUGCUUAAUUUCAUGCUUACAACUGCUAUAUACGUCUUGGUAUCUCAUCGACUUUUUGAUCUAACAAAUACACUAAAGACAGUGUUCAUACCUACAAAAGACAAUCGACGGCUGCUGCAUAAUUUUAUUACUGGGAUUUCCAUUUCCAUUUCUUUGUAUUGCAUCUCACUUAUUCUGCUUCAGAUUCCCCAUUCAAUGGCUUGAAAUUCAAGACACCAAAGAAAGUUUACAUACCUUUGGAUUGGCUGUGGUGAAAGGAAACUAGGUGGAU